AUAGCACACCGCGCACGCUAGCAUGAAGUGGGGUUUUCUUUUUUCUUUUUUGUUUUGAUCAAGUGCAUUGUGUAUUAUUUGAUAUUUUCCACAUUUAUAAAUAAUCGGUGAAUUUCUGUAAGAACUCCCUAAUGCGAAGGGGCUCGAGAGGCGUGAUCCCAGAUUGGUGCAAAAUCUCCAUUUUGCAGAUUUUUGAUUUCGUGCCCAAAACCCUAGAACACGCGAGAGGCUUAGAUUUAUAUCCUUUUGUGUCUAAACGUAUUUGUUUUGUUAAUUGAAAAUUUUGAAGAUUUUACAAACGCGGAUUGUUUUAUUCGAUUUUGAUUGGUGAAGAUUUGUCUCGUUGUGGGUACCUCAAUCUGAAGGCAGUUUGAUUUGAUUCUGCUUUGUUUGUAUCUGGAAAAGGAGAAACCUCAGUUGGAUUGAACUGCAUUCGAUUGCGGAAGUUGCCAUGUUAGAGGAAACGGAGAAACGCCUGCAAGUUCGUGGCUAGUUCGGUGAAUUGUGUUCUAAAUUUGUCGAAACUUAGGCGGUUAUUUUGAUGAUUUCGUGGAAUUGAGGAGUACAUCGUAUUCUGGGGGAAAUUCGGAGAAUUGAGUUUAAUUUACAGAGGCGUUUUUUGUGAAUUUAGUAGUGGGGAAGAACAAAAGCCAGUGUGGAUGAUUGGGUUUAAAGAGGGAGGAAGGAGAUGAAAGGGUCAUUUGUGGGUUUGGAGGGACAAUGACUGCUGGAGGGUCAUUGGGUCUUCGAUCAGGUAGCUAUGGAUCGUUGCAACAACAACUUCAAAACGGUGUGUUGCCAAUCCAAACGACGCCGCUGGUUCCUGUCGCCCGCAAGCCUUCCAAGAUGCUCAGAGAGAAGGAGAGAUUACUUCACUGGAUCUUCAAGUUCGCUGGUAGAAAGAAGGUUGGAAUGCUGUUUCUGUGCGCUGUUUCUGCCGCUGUUUUUGUAUGGGUCUUGUAUGUUGGCAAAGGUGAGGAUGCACAGGAAGGAGAACGCAUCCAAAACAUUAGAGUCAAAUCAGUCAAUGGCAGCUUGUCUUUAAGCUACCCUGAAUCUUCACCAGUACAGACUGAGCAAAAUAAUCAUAAAGAUAAUAACUCUUUUGUCUUGAACAUUGCAACAGGGGGUGAAAAUAUAGCUCAACCUCCUCCACCCCCACCCCCACCCCCGCCUCCUCCUCCUCCUCCUCCUCCUCCACCUCCUCCCCCUCCCCCUCCCCCUCCCUCUCUUCCUCCACCUGCAGUUUUUCUGGGUUACACGCUUCCUCCAGGGCAUCCAUGCCAACAAUUCACGUUGCCUCCCCCACCGACAGAUAGAAAAAGAACUGGACCACGCCCAUGUCCUGUAUGUUACCUCCCUGUGGAAGAAGCAGUUGCCUUAAUGCCAAAGGCUCCGUCCCCUUCACCCAUACUCAGUAACUUAACGUACAUUAAUGAGGAAAAUUUAACUAGAAGCGAAUUUGGAGGUUCUGAGUUUGGUGGAUAUCCUUCUUUAAAGCAGAGGAAUGAUUCUUAUGAUAUAAGAGAGUCCAUGAAUGUGCAUUGUGGAUUUGUCAAAGGAGUUAGACCUGGUCAUGAGACAGGAUUUGAUAUGGAUGAUUCUGACCUUUAUGAGAUGGAGCAGUGUCAUGGAGUGGUUGUUGCAUCAGCUAUAUUUGGAAACUAUGAUAUCAUACAGCAGCCAAAGAAUAUUAGUGAGGCUGCUAAGAGGAAUAUUUGCUUCUAUAUGUUUGUGGAUGAAGAAACAGAAGCAUAUAUGAGGAAUUCCAGUGGACUGGACGACAACAAGAGGAUUGGAUUAUGGAGAAUUGUUGUUGUUCGUAAUCUUCCUUACACUGAUGCUAGACGCAAUGGAAAGGUUCCAAAGCUUCUAUUGCAUAGGCUGUUCCCCAAUGCCCACUAUUCUCUAUGGAUUGAUGGGAAACUCGAGCUUGUUGUGGAUCCAUAUCAAAUUCUUGAAAGGUUCUUGUGGAGGGAAAAUGCUAGUUUUGCAAUUUCUAGGCAUUAUAGACGCUUUGACGUGUUUAAGGAAGCUGAAGCAAAUAAAGCUGCUGGGAAAUACAAUAAUGCCUCUAUAGAUUUUCAGGUUGAGUUUUACAAAAGCGAGGGUCUAACCCCAUAUUCUGAUGCUAAGCUUCCUAUUUUGAGUGAUGUGCCUGAGGGAUGCGUAAUAAUAAGAGAGCAUAUUCCUAUUACCAAUCUCUUUACUUGUCUUUGGUUCAAUGAAGUAGACCGCUUCACUUCCAGGGACCAAAUUAGCUUCUCCACUGUAAGGGACAAGAUUAUGUCAAAGGUAAAUUGGGGUAUCAAUAUGUUCCUGGACUGUGAAAGACGCAAUUUUGUAGUUCAGGCAUACCAUAGAGAUCUAUUAGAGCACAAGGCUUUGUCGGACACGGUUCAUCCUCCACCACCAGUUUUGAUUAGUGAACCACCGCUGAAACGGCUGCCCAGGAUGCCAUCUGAAAGGAUUGUUGCAAGCCCUCCAAAUAGAAAGGUCUCAUCAAGGCGUGGGAGAGACCGGCGGCGUAACCGCAAAGUGGGUGUUGGUUCUAGGGUUGUUAAUCCAAUUUAAAAUUUUGUUUGAUGAUAUUCUUCAAAAAAUUUUUCCUUCCCUGUUUCAAAUCAUUCAUUGCGGGGCUGGAAGAAUUGUGCAAGAUGAGUGUUGUAGUCUUUAUUCUGAAUUUUUAUCCCUUAGUAUCUUUGUUUAUUCAUUUUUUGCUGUAUAUAUAUUUAAAUGGUACAAUAAUUAUAAUAGCACGGGCUGCUCCCGUUUUCCUCA